AAACAUUCAAAAUCAUCAUUGAAUCAAAAUCGUUAAUUUGGAUAAAAAUGUAAAUAUUUUUUUAUAAAAAUGAAAAUGAAAUCAUUAUGUUGGAAACCAGCUUAUUAUCUGUUACGUAAAAAUAAAUAUUUUUUUAUCGGUUGCAUACUUGGCAUUAUAUUAUCAUCAUUAUUCAUGCCAAUGUUAGAAGAUUGUUCAAAACCAAAUUCCCUGUUGCUUUCAUUGAAUGAUGAUGAAAAUGAUCCAGAAUCAAUACAGGUAUUGAAAUUGAAUCGACAAGAUUAUCAUCUGUUUGUACGAUUAGAAAAAUGGUAUCGUGAAAUGGCUGAUAAAGAUUAUAAUCCAAGAAUUCAUAAUAAAUCCACCAUAAUCAAUGAUGAAAAUUCAAAUGAGUUUGAUAUGAGCAAUCAACAAAAAUCAGCCAUCAAUAGUAUGGUAAGAGAUAAGAAACUUAAAUUUUAUCGUCCUCGUUUUCAUUCAAUUGAAUUGAAUAUCAAAAUGAAGCUAUUAGUUUGUGUGGUAAUUAGGCCACAAUUCCUUAUCGAAUUAUCAUUAGCAAGAAAUGAAAAUCAAUCUAAAUCGGAUCAUUAUCGACAAUUGAUCGAACAUUAUAUAAACAAGACUAGUGAAUUGAUGUUGAAUGAUUUUAGUGAUAAUCUUCUUUAUUUCUAUCCAGACAUAUCAACAGGUAAUAUCAAUAAUAGUCAUAUAAUUAUUGAAUAUCGAGCUAAUCAAAUUCUGGAUGUAUGGUCACAAAGUCAUUAUGAUCGUCCUUUCCAUGUAUUAAUAAUGGAUUAUCUAAUAGAAAAACGAAAAUUGAAUGAAUAUGCUAUAAUUUUAAUGAUGACCGAAAGUACUUCGGUACAUUCAUUCAAUCUUCAACAAUAUCUUCGAAUUCUGUCCGUAUCGGAUUUGGUUCUUUCUACAUCUAAUGAUAUUCCAUCAUCAAUAACUGAAGACUCAAAAUUGAAAUUUAUUGCAACAAAUUUUGGCCACAAUGAUCAUAUAUUAAAUCAUGGCCUUUUAAUCAGUUCUACUUUGAUAUCAAUAUGUGAUCAUGAUUGGCCAUGUUAUAUAGACAGAAUUGAACAAAAUAAUCAACAUAUCGGAGGUAAUGUCUAUUAUUGGCAUAAAUCAUUUUUCAAUACUCAAUCAUUAGAAUCGAUCUCAUUGAAUGAACAAAAAAUUCUGGACUCAAUUUUUAUUUAUCCUGUUCAUUUUCUAUCCGAUAUCUACAAUAUUAUACAAACACUCAUAACAAUAGAUAGUAUAAAUCGAUUGAAUUUGAAUAUUCAAACCAUUGAACAACGAAUGAUUUCCGUAACGAAUUCCUCAUCAUUCGAUAGAUUUUUUCAAUCUCGUAAACCACGAAACCGUUAUGAAAUAAAUCGUUGGUCAUAUUCAAAUGAAACUCAUAUUUUUUUGCCGAAUGAUGUUCAAUUAAUUCGUCAAUUGAAUGAAGAUGAUUUGAAACAAAUCAGUCAGGUUAAAAACCAAUGUUUAGAAUGGUUAAAUAGUCAUCGACCACAGCUGUCAGUUGCUUUACAAGAUUUAUCCAUUGAAAAUUUAUAUCAAAAAUUUGAUGCAGUUCGUGGCCAUGAAUAUAUUGUUGAUUUAAUUGUGAAUCAAUCUGAAUCAUUGCCAUUCAAAUCUUCAUAUCGUUUUCAAAUUCUAAAACCAUUGAAUCCAGUUGAAUUGUUGACCGAUAUACCGCCUCAUGCAAAUGAAAAUUUACAACUUACAAUGAUAUUACCUGUUCGUGGUCAUGCAGAAGUAUCCGUAGCCAUAGGUUUUCUAAAUCAUUAUGCAAAUGUAUUUCUGAAAAAUCCCCAUCAUCAGACCACGUUAAUCAUCGUACUCAUAUAUACUCGCUUUAUUACGCUGAAUGAUUCGAUCGAUUCAUCGCUUGAAUUUGAAAAAAAAGAAUUCGAACGAUUGAAAAAAGUAUCUUUAUAUUUGAAAACAAAAUUUCAAGCAAAUUCACCUCGAAUUAUAUUCAUGGAUAUCAUACCCCCUGAUGCCGCAGUUUAUGUUGCGGACGGUUCAUUAAACUUGACGCGGAAAAGAUUUCCAUCCGAAAUAUCAUAUCUGGAUCUCAUCACACGUUCAUUGACUGCCAUAUCAUCUAGCGAACCAAUGUUAUUAUUACAUUGUCGAAGUAAUAUGAUCUUCACAGCUGAACUAUUAAAUCGUGUACGUGUCAAUACAAUUCCGGAUAAUCAGAUAUUUAUUCCAUUGCCUUUUGUUCAAUAUCGAUUACGCACGAAUAAAUCGAAUCAAGAUUUUGAACAAAUUCUCCGUAAACAUUCAACACUGGAUAAAAAAUUCAAUUUAUCCAUUCGUCAAUUAACUAUGGGUGAACAAUCAUUCAAAGGAAUCAAAUCAUUCAUGAAUUAUUUCGACGUUCGCAAAGAUAAUGGCUAUUUUGAUGAUACUAAUCGGCAGAUAAUUUCUUUCUAUCUUCAUGAUUAUAUACGUAUGAGAAAACAAACGGAAACAUUAAUGCCGAUCAUACGAAAUCGGCAAUCAUUAGUUAAAUAUCAGCAUAUUUAUUAUGAUACACAAUGGGAUUUAUAUGGAUUAUUCAUACAAUAUAAUAAUCGAAUAUCCGAAAAUAAUGAGAAAUUAAUGAUGAUGAAAGCGAUCGAACCGGAUUUAAAAUUAUUUCAUACACCAAUACUAGAUGAUUGUGAUCAUUUCGAAUCAAAUAUACCAAGCUAUCGAUCCUGUUUUCAUCGAUCAUUGUACGGAUUAGGAUCGAAACAGAAACUUGCUGCCAUAAUAUACGAAUUCAUUCAACAAACAAAAUUAUAA